GAUCUUUCCAUUCCAAAUGUUAAAACCGUGGGGAGCAACCCCCCAUCCCCCACUUCACAGCCUGGAUCCUUAUCACACUCACUCCGUGUUGAACACCCUUAGCCCUUUCUAUAAUCCUAACGUAUAUAUACUAUCUCUCCCUCUUAUUCUUACUUUCAACACCAACCUUACUUAUACAAUAGAGCUAGCUAACUAGAGUACACUGAGUGAGGAAAAAAAGAGAGCUGUAGCUAAUUAAGACCCUUUUGAGAGUUAGGUUUGUUUUGGAAAUAUGGAUAUUUUUAAGCAAUUUCCAGAUCCACAGUAUUUAGUAGGGUCUGAUAUUUGGUCCUCUGAGUCAGAGAGUGGCAGUACUCGCAUGGUAAACUUGUCAGACGAGGAGGUCAUGUUAGCUUCGAGGAAUCCUAAGAAACGAGCUGGGAGAAAGAAGUUUAAGGAGACAAGACACCCAGUGUACCGUGGAGUUAGAAGAAGGAACUCUGGAAAAUGGGUUAGUGAAGUUCGCGAGCCCAAUAAGAAGUCAAGGAUUUGGCUUGGGACUUUCCCCAUUGCAGAAAUGGCAGCGCGUGCACAUGACGUAGCGGCAAUUGCGCUCCGAGGCAAGUCUGCGUGUCUCAAUUUUGCUGACUCGGCGUGGCGGCUACCAGUGCCUGUGUCGACAGAGGCGAAGGAUAUUCAACGAACGGCAGCCGAGGCGGCUGAGGCAUUUCGGCCUGCGGAGUCAGACGUGGUAUCUGAGAAUGAAAUGAGGCUAAUGAGGAAAAAUACAGUGUCGUCUGCGACAACAGAGAUGGAGGCAGAAGGUGUGUUUUUUAUGGAUAAUGAGGCAAUUUUCGGCAUGCCAGAGGGGAUGUUGUUGACAAAUAUGGCAGAGGGGAUGUUGUUGCCUCCACCUCGUUACUAUGGUGAAAAUGACAUGGAAACUGAUAUUGACGUGUCAUUAUGGAGUCACUCAAUUUGAUUUUUAUUAGUAAUAUGUUAUUAUAGCUUAAUAGUAUUGAGUUUAGUCUAGCGUAUAGAUUAUAGAAUGGUUGGUUAUUAGGAAGAUACAGUUAUUUUUAUUUUCCGUGCUUAUUGUUUUUUAUUAAGUGCGGUGUUAUAGGGAAACUAUCGAGGGGGAAAACAAGUACUACUAGGGAAAUAUCAUAUUUGGGGCAAAUGCCAUACACAAGUACGAGUUAGUGUUCAAUUGAAGUAGCCCCAUAAAAAAUGGGUCAGUGUAAGUGUGCAAGUUAUAUUAGUGUAAGUGUGAGUGAAAGUUAGAGAUGGCAAAGCAAUGUUGUAAAAAAGAAUAUAUUGUAGUCCAUUUGACGUAAUGUAUGUACAAUAAUGGAAAAUUUAGUCUACCCAUUUAGGGUAGUUGUAUCUAUAAAUCUAUUUCUAUUUACUACUAUAUUGAAAAAGCAAGCAAGAGGGGUUUAGCGUAGUUUUGAGUUUUGGACUCAUUUGUGGUGGUGAGACCAAACUCUCCCACCCACCCACGAACUCACGCACAGAGAUCGCAAAGGGUGUCGGUGAAAUGAAGAUAAGGAGAUAAGAUGACAGAAAAUCAAAUGACUGGAGCUUUGAGGGAUUUUACCUUGCACUCUUUGUGGGUAUCUUUCUCUCUCUCUCUCUCUCUCUCUCUCUUGAUUUUGAUUUUGCCCAAAUCCUUCUUGCUGGUUUAUUUUGCUCACAAGUCACAAGGAAUUGGUGCAAUAUAUGUAUGGUUCUCAAGGUUUCUAAUCAAGCUUUAACUACUGCUUCUUGUAAAUGGGUUUGAGUUCAACACAAGGGUUUUCAUUUUAAAAACAAAAUUGGGACUUGGGAACUCUGAUGGUGUGUAUAUUUGUGUGACAUUUAUAUAUACGGCAAAGUUAUUGAAUUAUAGGAGAAAUAUUUCAUUUUGAAAAAAAAAAAAAAAAAAUCAGAUUGAGAUUAUGUUGGAUAGAUGAAGCUAUUUUUCCAGACAGGCCAGCCCCAUCACCAUGAAUUGGUCCCUUCCUUCAAAAUCUGUCUCUGCGUGUGUUUAUUUGGCUUCUCUUAAUUCACUGGUCAUCCUCAUCAUCUCCAGAUAUGAAUUGAUGGUUUUUGUUGAUUAUGCCUGCUUGGUUUGAAUGAAGUCUAUUCCAUAUUAUAAACAGCGGUUCCUCAUUGUUCUCUCAAGUCCCAGCCAGAUGAAGCAUAAGCUUCAGUUGCUCUGAAUUUUGCUAAUUUUUUUAUUGUGUUAAAGCUAUUGAAGCUGCAUGUUUGAGACUUAUUAAGUUAUGUCACAAGACUUUGUAACCAGGGAAUUCUUCUUCAUCUCCACUCCCAUCUGAGUCACAAUCUUCCCUGGUGAUUUGAAUCAACCAUGGUUAUCCGGUUCAAAUUUAAGAGCUCCUCUGGUGUCAAAUUUUAUCUUCCAGUGCAGUCCUCCGUUACCUUUUAGUUAAAGUCCUGCCGUUAACUAAAUCAAAACGUUGCCGAAGAUUGCCCCGGAAGAUUCACACUGUGGAGGAGUUCUUGCAGGUUGCGUUUGGGUUCAGCUGAAGAGGGAAGUCAUCGAUCAAAAGAAGAUCACAGGCCCGCAAAACACCCAAUUUAUUGAGAGAGAGGAAAAAUUAUAGAUUCUUUCUGUAAUAAAUUGAGAGAGAAGAGGUCUUGUACAUCCUGAACCCAGAUUAUAGGCAAGUUGGCAAUAUCCCAACCAUAUUUCAUUUUUCCUUAUGAAUUGAGCUAGAAUUAUACAUAGAAAUUGGACUGAACCAUGCACUGAUUGUAAUGUAUAUACAAUGCAGUGUACUGGACUAAUAAAUACCUAAUCAAAGGGUUUAGAAUCCAGAAUCUACUGGUAUAGGUAUACCUUGAUCAGAGGUAAUACAAAUUCAGUUUGGUAGAUGCUUAUGAAUAAGUUUACUCAACAGCCGUACGCAAAAUUAAUGAGUUACUCAUACACAAUA